AUGGUGAUCUGGUUGCAAUUCAUUUUCUCGCUAUUGACUCCUCAUCAUGACCUCGCAAAUGCAUUGGAGAAGGUCAACCUCGGUGUUGAACCCGCUGUCUGUGACAGAGAUACUCAAAUAGAAGGCGAUGUUGUUGUCAGAGCACGAGGCCUACCAUGGCAAGCAUCAGACUGUCACGUAGCACAAUUCUUCGCUGGUUUGGAAAUUGCACCGUGAGU